AUGUCCUGGUUCCAGAAAAACUUCACCCUCCCCCCUCGCUCCCGCGGCUCCUACCUAAUCACCGACCAUGUGCUGUCGGAAGUGCCCGAGAUCCGCGACUACAAGGUGGGCAUGCUGAACCUGUUCGUGCAGCACACCAGCUGCGCGCUGUCGCUGAACGAGAACUGGGACGACGACGUGCGCGCCGACAUGAGCGAUGCGCUGGACCGGAUCGCCCCGUACGACCGCAAGGGAAACCUCUACCGCCACUCCGCCGAGGGAGAGGACGACAUGCCGGCCCAUAUUAAAUCGGCCCUCAUCGGCGCCUCCGUCAACAUCCCCAUCUCCAAUGGUCGUCUGGCUACCGGCACCUGGCAGGGAAUCUGGUACCUCGAGUUCCGGACGAGUCGGCACGCGAGAAAGGUGGUGGCUACCAUCCAGGGCGAGAAGGCCUGA